UGUGUGUGUGUGUGUGUGUGUGUGUGGGUGUGUGUGUGUGUAGUUCUCUGGGAACGAACGCGCUGGUAAAGAUGGAUACGCUUUUUUCGUAGCCCUCAUGGAAAGGCAUUUCAUUUAGGGAACACCCGAUCCCCGCUGCUGGACACAGAUGAUGGCAAGGUUUUGGAAAGCGCUGGACACGUUCUCGGUUUCCUGGGAGUAGAUCCGACCUGUGUCGAUGCUUGAAUUCCCCCAAAACACAGUCCGACCCUGCAGCGCGCGUGCACACACGUUUCAUUGAAUGACAGAAACACAUCAAAUCUGACAAUCAACACCACGGGUAUAAACCAUUUUUUUCCAAAAUAAAAACUAUGGAGCAGACCGGGAUCGAGGAGGUGAACCAGACGCACCAGCAGCAGCAUGAGCCAAUCAGCUUCGGGAUCGACCAGAUCCUCAACAGCUCGGACCAGUCCAGCGGCUGCAUGCUGCCCAACCGGACCGGCGACCCGGAUUACGCGCUGGCCCCCAACGUCUACAGCAACGGGUACAACAGCGUCUACAACCCGGCCUGCUCCAUGGCGGCGGGGCUGGCCGGCUCCUACAACGUCAACAUGAACAUGAACGUCAGCAUGAACAUGAACAUGAACGUCAACGUGAACUCGGGCGGUGUAGGCGGAGGAGGAGGAGGAGGCGGCGGAGGAGGAGGAGGUGGUGGCGGUGGAGCCGGCGGGGUGAUCAGGGUGCCGGCGCACAGACCCAUGCCGCCUCCGCCGCCGCCGCCGCCCUCUGCCGCCUCUGCCGCCGCCGCCGCCGCCGCCGCCGCUCCGCAUCCGCCCCCCUCCGCGCAUCCCGUGUGCAUCGGACCCGGCAUCGCGUCGGUGCCCGGCAUGGGGAUGGGCAGCGCGGCCAACUUCACCUUCCCGUGGAUGGAGAGCAGUCGGCGGUUUGCCAAGGACAGACUAACAGGGGAGCAGUCGGAGGAGAGCCGAGCCGGAGAGGGCCCAGGGGGUCCGGGUCCCAUCGGGUCCCUGUGUCCUCUCCCCAAGGGGGACAUGGGCCGGGUCCCCGUCUGGAGCACCGUGGAGACGUUGGCCAAAUGCUACUACCCCGAGCUCGCCCACCUGCGAGACACCAGCGGCCUUCUAGCAGACUACCCCUUCCCGAAGGGGGCGUGUCCAGCAGCGCUGUCCCCGUUCUCCGUGACCCGGCGCAUCGGCCACCCGUACCAGAACCGCACGCCGCCCAAGAGGAAAAAGCCUCGCACGUCCUUCAGCCGGGUGCAGAUCUGCGAGCUGGAGAAGCGCUUCCACCGCCAGAAGUACCUGGCGUCGGCAGAGCGCGCCACCUUGGCCAAGGCCCUGAAGAUGACGGACGCGCAAGUCAAGACCUGGUUCCAAAACAGACGGACAAAAUGGCGGAGACAGACUGCAGAGGAGAGAGAGGCCGAGAGGCAGCAGGCCAACCGGCUGAUGCUGCAGCUUCAGCAGGAAGCGUUCCAGAAGACGUUGAGCCAGCCGCUGCAGCCGGACCCGCUCUGCCUGCACAACUCCUCCCUCUACGCGCUGCAGAACCUGCAGCCAUGGGCAGAUGACAGUAAGUUGAUGGUCUAAAGGAGAGGAGGGCAUUUUAUCCAUAAGUGCCAGGAAACCAAUGGGACACCACUGUACAUGCCCAACUAUCAAGACUGUCCUCACCCCCCACCCACCCUCGCCCCCCCCCAACCUUUUUGCCUCCAGAUCCCUCACAGAGGCAACAAAAAAAGAAAAAGAAAAAAAGAAGACCUCCUGUUUUUUUGUUUUUUUUCCUUCCCCGCUUUCGACUUUGUACAUUGUAGUAAAUGCAUGUUUAAAAAAAACAACUUUUUCCCGUGUGCACUCGGAAAGUACCAUUGAAGCCUGCCCCCCCCCCCC